AUGGCGCUCACGGUGGAGUUGCUCAGGGCGCGAAUCCCUUUCAUCGCUUCGGCGGUCUUUCUCGUAUUCGCGCUGAGCGAGCAUUUGCGAUUCACAUCGGUCACCUCGGUCACCUCGGUCACGGAGAAACUAAAGACCGAACGCUGCCAAGCCCCUCUGCUCACCUCGGUCGUGGACUAUGACCUCGACUCCGCGUCGCAGGAGACAUUACGUAUGCUGGAUAACUACUUCACAACGCUGCGUGCGCACUCGAAGAUCGAGUUUGUGGCCCUGGCUUCGUCGGAGGAACGGUGCGAGCGGGUGAAGCAACGGUGGGGGGAGGCCUGCAGAGUAUUCCACCUCGGUGAGUACCGAUGGACGAAGCAGCUCAUCGGUCGAGAGAUUCUCGCGAUGCUUCGUGAGAGCCGCCGCCCGGUGGUGCUCGUCGAUACGGAUAUGAGAGUGGGGUUGGACCCGGAGCCUCUGCUCGCCAAGCUCUCGUGUGAUUUUGGGGUGGACUUUGCUGGCGGCGGCGAGGCGAAGUGGAACAUCAACACCGGCUUUCUGUUCUUCGCGCCUACGCCCGUCGCCGAGUCGAUCGCCACUUGCGUCGUGGACUGGAUCGACCUGGUCCGAUCGGACGUCGACGGCGCUUUCAAGAAGUACGUCCUUGAUACCGUGCCCGAGGACGCGAGGAUCGAGGGGAAAUCAGACGUCAGACGCGCGGAUGCGACGGCGAUGUCGUUUGAGCAGGACGUCGUCAAGGACUGCGCCCGUAACGCCGUGACUAACGAGACAGAGAUGCGGUUCAGCGUACAUAUCGCACGGAAGCGCGUCGCGGGGACUGCGGAUUUCGCAGAAGACGUACACCUGGACGUGCCGCCUCCUGGCGGAGGGAUAGGAUGGUACGACGGGAGCAAAUGUAAUCCUGUCGUGAGGGCAGCCGGCGAGAUUAGGUGUGCGACAACACACGACAAGCAAGGGAUGCUGGCUGUGGUCAGACUUCCCAUAUACCACAGUCAAAUGGCGAUGCGGGCGGACGAGCAUGCAGCGUUUCGUCACUGUAUUGGGAAAGAGCCGGCGUGUCUUUACGAAGGGAAUUGA